CGGCGAACGCACAGCUAGUCGUAGGGGAUUCGUUCUUCAAACGGGCUUUAGAGUAGUGGACGUGUCGCGUUCGUUUACCCGUUGAGCUGUUGCUGCGUUGUUUCUCUAUCAUUGUGCGUGCUUCUAUGAAUUCUGUACUAAGCUGAUCGGACAGUUACCAGUAAACGUGGAUGUACUAUGGCUCUUAUCUAAAGCCUUAUAUAACUUGGUGUAGAGCACGGCACGGUCUGCAAUUCACUGUUCAGCUAGAUUCUUUACUCUUAAUCUCGGUAAUUUCGAAUUAGCGAGCACACAUUUAAAUUUCAAGUGCAGCCAUGGCAGGAAGCAGUGUUUUUCACUCUGUGCGGAUCCUUAAUGGGCGCAACGCCAUGCCGAUAAAUGAACGUGUGAACGUUGCUGCCACACUGUUUAUGGACACCGUACGAAUUUCCCCUUAUUUAUCUCGCACUGUGGUAACGGUCAGCAGUUCGAGCGGGCAUCGUCCCAGCAAGCGAACGAAGAGUGUGACGUUGGAAACACUCAACCCGUGCAUAAAAGAGAUGCAGUAUGCGGUUAGGGGACCACUCGCGAAUCGUGCUUCGGAGAUCGAAAAAGAACUGGAAAAGGGUGUCAAGAAACCAUUUACAGAAGUUAUUAAAGCAAACAUCGGUGACUGCCAUGCCAUGGGACAAGUGCCUAUUACAUUUAUUAGACAGGUGCUUGCUCUGGUUUCAUAUCCAAUGUUACUAGAUGACCCAAUGUUUCCCAAUGAUGUGAAACAUCAAGCCAAAGAGAUCCUGGCUAGUUGUCCAGGUGGCAGUGUUGGAUCAUAUUCUGAAACUGCUGGAAAUGAAGUGAUUCGUAGACAUGUAGCAGAAUUUAUAGAAAAGAGAGAUGGUGCCCCAAGUUCUUGGGAGGACAUUGUGUUGACAUCUGGUGCAACUGUAGGCAUAAAGGUAGUGCUGAAGUUGCUAAUUGGAGAAAUAAAUGGGAAAAAACCUGGUGUUAUGAUUCCAAUUCCCCAGUAUCCUAUAUACUCUGCUACUCUUUCAGAAUUUAACAUGGUGCAGAUACCAUAUUAUCUGGACGAAGAAAGAUGCUGGGGCUUGGAUGUAACUGAGCUGCAACAUGCCAUAGGUGAAGCUAAAAAAGUAUGUAAUCCUCGUGCUAUAGUCAUUAUAAAUCCUGGAAACCCGACAGGCCAAGUUCUUUCACAAAAUAACAUUGAAGAGAUAAUUAAAUUUGCACAUCAGGAGAGGUUAUUUAUUUUUGCUGAUGAGGAAUUUGGAGACAUUCACUAUCAGAGUGUGAUUUUUGCCCUCAAUGAGAAACCAGUUAAUAAUGCCUACCAGUUUUCUGAAAGGAAAUUCUCAAGGGUGUACCAGGACAAUGUGUAUGCAGAAGAAACUAAAUUCUAUUCAUUUAAAAAGGUUAUGAUGGAAAUGGGACCACCGUAUAGUGAGAUGGAGAUGGCCUCUUUCAUGUCUGCAUCAAAAGGAUACAUGGGUGAAUGUGGACUACGAGGAGGAUACUGUGAGGUGAUCAACCUAGAUCCAGAUGUGAAAGAAAUGUGCUUGAAAGGCUUUAGUGUUCUGUCAGGUGCUACUCUUCCAGGACAGGUUGCAAUCGACUGCAUAGUCAAACCACCUCAGCCAGGAGCUCCGUCAUACAAGCAGUAUGCUGUAGAAAAAGAGGCUAUUUUAAACUCACUCAGUGUAAGAGCAAAGAUUGUUGUAGAAACAUUCAACAGUCUGAAGGGGAUGUCCUGCAACAAAGUGCAAGGUGCCAUGUACGCAUUCCCACAGUUACAUCUUCCACCCAAUGCUAUAAAGACAGCUAAACAAAAUAAUUUACCACCAGAUACAUUUUAUACAUUGGGAUUACUGGAGGCAACUGGUAUCUCUGUUGUACCAGGAUCAGGAUUCGGGCAAAAACCAGGAACUUAUCAUUUCAGAACUACUAUUUUGCCUCAGCAAGAUAAACUGAAGAGUAUUAUGAAGAAAUUCAAGGCUUAUCAUGAAGAGUUUAUGCAAAAGUAUGAAUAAUAUGCAAAUUAAGGAAAGUGCUCACAAAUUUGGGCGGAGCAGUGUUUUAUUAUGGAUAUAUUUGUCUUCUGUUCCUUUAUGGAGUAAAAACUACUAAAUACUUAUACUUGUGGACAAAUAUUACUAUACAUCCUAAGGAGGCUGUGAAAUUAAUUUCUUAAAUGAUGUAAUACUCACUUUUAGCUGUUACCUUUUUAUUUCAGUUUUGAAAUUUUGCCAUUUGAUUUGAUGUUGUGUGUGUUGUAUAUUACAUAUAUGUCAUUAAAAAUUAUAGAAACUGUGGAUCCAUGUUACAAGUAAUU